AGUACUUCUGUCAGUGAAGAUGUAUAUCUCUCCACUCCUAGCAUUCAUUCCAGUCGCUCUUGCGGCGCCUCUUGUCAACGUCAAGAGGGAUGACAUUAUCGCCGGCAAAUAUAUCGUCAAGUUGAAGGGCGACGUGAGCACGUUUGCCGAAGACCAGCUCAAGAAAUCCAUCUCCACUGCACCCGACUUUGAGUACACACUCCCUGGCUUCCGUGGUUGGGCUGGUACUUUAUCCGACCGGGAAGUUACGCAGCUUAAGGCCUCCAGCCAGGUCGAGUACAUCGAACAAGAUGCGAAGGUGUAUGCUUCAGCUAUUAUCGAACAGCAGAACGCCACUUGGGGUCUUGGUCGCAUCUCCCACCGCGAGAAGGGCAGCACGACCUAUGUUUACGACGACACCGCUGGGGAGGGUACAUGCUCCUACAUCAUCGAUACCGGCAUCUUUGUCGAUCACCCACAGUUCGAAGGGCGCGCAGAGUUUCUCACCGACGCUUCCGGGGAGGGCACUCUCGCGGACGGUAACGGUCACGGCACCCAUGUUGCUGGCACGAUAGGCUCAGCCGAGUACGGAGUCUCGAAGAAGACAAAGCUCUUUGCUGUCAAGGUACUCACCUCAAGUGGCUCUGGUUCUUUCUCAGGCGUCAUUGCGGGUAUCAACUUUGUUCAAAAUGACGCAAGGUCUCGCAAGGCGUCCGGAGCGUGCCCCAAGGGCGUUGUUUCCAAUAUGAGUCUUGGUGGCGGCAAAAGUGUUGCUAUCAACGAAGCAAGUGCGGCCUUAGUAGCGUCCGGUGUCUUCCUCGCCGUCGCUGCAGGCAAUUCCGGUGAUGACGCUCAAUUUUACUCCCCGGCAUCCGAGCCAACAGUCUGUACCGUCGGCGCUACUACUAUCGACGAUAAGUUUAUCAACUGGUCCAAUCGCGGCACACUCGUUGAUAUCCUGGCUCCAGGUGUCAACAUCACCAGCACGUGGCGCGACGGCGGGAUCAACACCAUCUCGGGAACGAGCAUGGCUUCACCACAUAUCGCCGGUCUUGGUGCAUAUCUUCUGGGGCUGGGGGGCGCGGACGUCAAUACUCUGUGUCAGAAGAUCACCGAGCUGGCGACGCCUAAUGCUAUUGAUCCGGCCACGCUGCCCGCCGGUACAGUCAACCUGUUGGCUUACAAUGGCGCUAAGUAG